AUGAACAGUUCUCACACUACAAAGUCCUGUGUGUUCAUCCUGCUUGUGGCCCUACUGUGUGCAGAAAGAGGUGUUCAUAGAAAAACAAAAAAGGAAAGUUUCUGUUUUCCAUCCUGCCCUCCUACGUUUGAAAGAAUCAGUCUUUUUUUGAAUGUGACUAAUUCCUGUUGCAAGGAAGACCGGUGCAAUGCAGAGUAUCACACUGACGACAGCACCUGGACCAUGACAGAAGUGCCUCUGUUCAGCCUGGGCUCAGUCCUCCUGCAGACCUUGCUGAGAUGGUCCUUCCAAUGA